AUGAAUAGUAUAGGUGAAGAGUGUACUGAAUUAAAGAAAAAAUAUGACGACUGUUUCAACUCUUGGUUUUCUGAGCGAUUUCUUAAAGGAGAUCACGACGACUCAGUAUGUGCCGGAAUAUUUAAGAUUUAUCAAGAAUGUGUAAAGAAAGCUAUGAAGCAGCAAAAUAUUGAUUUUAAGGACAUUGAUAAGGAUGUUUUAGGGACUGAAAACGAGUUUAAGGUACCUCCAACUGAGGGCAGUAGUUGA